CAUCAGUUUCCUCCCAGCAGCUGACUGUGAAGGAACCGACCGAGCAGAACAGACGGAGGCAGCGGCACCAGAGUGACUCCGGAUCCGCUCGUUUCCAUUUAAAGUGAAUUCUUCAGAAAACAGUUUGUUAGUUGAAGAACAGACGCAGAGAAGAAGAUGGCGGCUCUGACCAGCUGGGAAAUGUGUGUUAAAUACGCUCUGUUCAUCUUUAACUUCGUCUUCUGGUUGGCAGGUUCUGGAGUUCUGGCCGUGGGUCUCUGGCUGCGGUUCGACUCCAGGACGGCAGGACUGUUUGAAGGAGAGGACUCGCCCACCGUCUUCUUCACUGGUGUGUACAUCCUGAUCGCAGCCGGGGCUCUGAUGAUGGUCGUCGGCUUCCUCGGAUGCUGCGGAGCCAUCAAAGAGUCGCCGUGCAUGCUGGGACUGUUCUUCCUCUUCCUGCUCGUCAUCUUCGCCGUGGAGGUGGCUGCUGGGACCUGGGGCCUCUCCAACAAAGACAGGGUGGUGGAGGACGUGACAGAGUUUUAUAAACAGACGUAUUCCAACUACAGACAAACCAAACAAGAAGCCCUGAAGGAGACGCUGCGUCUCAUCCACUUCGGAUUGAACUGCUGCGGUCCGACCGGGACGGUGAUCGAUGCGGCCAAAGACACCUGCCCUGACCGGGAAGGCCUCAUCGUCACGAGUUGCCCUACCGCCAUCGACGAGAUGUUCAACAACAAACUGCACAUCAUCGGUGGAGUGGGCAUCGGCAUCGGCGUCAUCAUGAUCUUCGGGAUGAUCUUCAGCAUGAUGCUCUGCUGCGCCAUCAAGAGGUCCAGAGACUUUGUCUGAAAACCGAACCCUCCGUCUUUAACUCGCCCGCUGCUUCAGAGUUAAUAUCAGUUUGAUGUAAUAAUCACAUCUGUUAGUUUCCUGCCUGGAUCCGUACAGGAUGACCAGCUGUGACCGUGCGGAGCCUGAGACACCGAUCUUUAAUUUUACUUUAUAUUUGUAUCCAAAGUAAAAACGUGUUUUUAUUCUAUUUGAUAAAUUUAACAUCGACGAACUGACAGAGAAGACAUCAGACUCUGCUGCCCCCUGGAGGACGCCGAGGAUCACUCCUGUUGUUCUUUAAUCACUUUGGUUUCGUCGGAGUUUGAAGUUUGUGAAGAGCUUUGAUCGAAACCGACUUUGUCUGCAGCUAACGGAAUUUUACUGUGACGUGUUUUAUUUUGACACGUUUGAAGCUUUGAUU